AUGUGUCUCGCUUGUUUCAAGUUCUGGCACGAGGGCAAAAAAAGGGAUGUUUCCUCAACUCAUUCGGCUCAGGCGUCCAAUCCUCUGUCGGCAUCCAAUCCUCUAUCGGCAUCCGAUUCUCUGUCGGCAGACAGCCUGCAGGAGCGCCUGUGGAUUGAGGCGUAUGAUGCCCUUGAGGCCGGGGAAAAAAGCAUAGUGGAAGCAUACGAGAAACUCCUUGUACACAGGCUUGAAAAGGUCUUGGACAAAACCGAAAUUACCCCGGCAAUACUGAAAAAACGAGAUCAAAUGAAGAGAUUUGUUGACGCCGGGCUCUCAGAGUCGCAGCAAAUUGCAGACAUUAAGGGAAAUAUUGAAGAAUUCGGUCGAAUCUUAUCGCCAGUAAAGAAAGUGAUGGACGUCGUCGUUCUGGCGGCUCCCCAGGCUGCUAUCCCAUGGUCUUGCGUCUCUUUCUCUCUCCAGAUCCUUGCAAACCCUCUGACGGAGUCCAGUAUCAACCGCGAAGGCAUUACGUACGUUUUGUCGACGAUGGAUUGGUAUUGCAAACUUGUUGAGCUUCUUAUGGACGGCGAGGACCGGUCGAAGACGCUUAGAGAUGAACUCGAGAAACAAAUUGUCGAGCUGUACAAAAGGCUUCUCCUGUACCAAAUGAAGAGCGUCUGUCGUUACUACAGGUCUCAGAUCCUAGUCUUACUUGGAGAUGUCUUCAAGAUCGAUGACUGGACGGGAGAACUCACUGGUGUUAAGGAAGCCGAGGAUCAGGUGCGGACCAGGCUGGGUCAAUAUCAGAGCUCGUCGAUUUGUGGCGCGCUCAAAACCCUGGCUCGUGCCAUGCAGGAUCAAACCGACCAAAUUCAAGAUCUGUCAUCUUUGAUUCAGAAGCAGUAUCAAGCGCAACAAGACAGAGACAAGCACCGGGAUAGGGAAAACUGCUUGAUUGACUUUCGUCAGAAGGUUGACCCCCAUCACGAAAAGGACCGUAUACAGAACGAGAAAGGGGGGCUUCUUCGAGAUGCUUACUCCUGGGUUCUGGACCACGAUAGGUACGGGAAAUGGCACAAGGAAACUCAUCACAAGAUACUCUGGAUCAAGGGCGAUCCGGGUAAGGGGAAAACCAUGCUCAUAUGCGGCAUCAUUGACGAACUAGAGACGGACCCUACUCACACCCUAUCAUAUUUCUUCUGUCAAGCCACCGAGACGACACUCAACAAUGCCACUGCUGUGCUACGAGGGCUUAUCUAUGGACUUGCAAAGAGAUAUUCGCAGGUCUAUCGGCACAUCUACGACAAAUACAAAGAUGGCGGCGGAAAGGCGGCAUUCGAAGGAGACAGCGCGUGGGGAGUGAUGUGCGGUAUUAUGAACGCCAUACUAGGUGAUCCACUGAUGAAUGGUGUGCUGUUGAUUGUAGACGCUCUCGACGAAUGCGUGGAAGGUCGCCAGAAGCUUUUGGAUUUCAUUUGCGAGAGAUCAAACGAUUCUCGUGCCAAGUGGAUAGUGUCCAGCCGCAAUUGGCGGGAAAUCGAGACAAACCUCGAGAGGAUCACGGAACGGACGUCGGCGCUGUCCCUGGAGCUGAACGGCGAUCUUGUUUCCCAUGCUGUUCGCAUAUACAUUCGAAGAAAGGUUGACAAGCUCGCUGAGAAACAACCUUAUCAUGACGACUUAAAACUCCGCAACCACGUCGAGAAGUACCUCAACGACAACUCGAGCGACACAUUUCUAUGGGUGGCAUUGGUCUGCAAUGCGCUUCGUCAAGACAACAUUAUAAGACGAAACCACGUCAUCGGGCCGAAAGGGGUUCUGCAAACAUUCCCUAAAGGACUCGACAAGCUAUACAAGCGCAUGUUCCAGUACAUUUCUGGUGCGAUGGAUGCAGAUCUAUGCAAAGAUGUUUUGGCCGUCACAUCGAUCCUAGAACGCUCUAUCACAUCUCUUGAACUUUGCUCCAUCAUGGGCCUGUCGCAGCAUUUUGACGGUAAAGUUGAGACUUUAGAAGAUGCCGUGCGAUGUUGUGGUUCUUUCUUGAGUCUUCGAGAUGGAACUGUUUAUUUCGUACACCAGUCAGCCCGAGAUUUUCUACUCGACAAGGAGGAAGACACCUUUGCCAAUCUUUUCCCGGGCGGAGUCGAGGGUUUGCAUUGGGCAGUGUGUUUGAGAUCAUUGGGUGCCAUCUCCAAGGUCAUACGCCGUAACAUCUAUGAACUAGAAGAUGUCGGCAUUGCCCAAAAGGAUAUCAUCAUGCCUGAACCGGAUCCUUUGGCCUCUGUUGCAUAUUCUUGCGCUUUUUGGAUGAAACACCUGGGAGAAUCAAGUACUGAGAGGGACAUCAAAGACCAUGAGUUUGUCAACGAGUUUCUUCGAACCAACUUUCUGUACUGGCUCGAGGCCCUUGCCCUCAUCGGUGAGCUGUUGCAAGCAGUACAAGGCAUACAGAAGCUUCAAAAUAUGAUCAGAGGAAAGCCAGCCUCGAAAGACGGAAGUAUAGCAAACUUAGUCCACGACGCAAAUCGUUUUCUACUAUAUCACAAAGAAAUGAUUGCCGAGUUUCCCUUACAAAUCUAUGAGUCAGCCUUACUAUUCAGUCCUGAAGAGAGUGUCGUCAGAAAGCACUUCUUCGAGGAUCACGCACCCCAAUGGAUCUCGAUAAUGCCAGGCUUAGACUUGACGUGGAAUACGCGUUUGCAGUCUCUUACCGGGCAUGAAUACAGGGUCAAUACUGUGGUAUACUCGCCAAAUGGCCAAUGGAUUCUUUCUGGCUCUGCAGAUGGCACUGUGAAGCUCUGGCAAGCAGAGAGUGGACAUUGUGAAUACACAUAUGGUGGUUUCGGCAAAGAACUUUACAGUCGGGCCGAAAAACUCCGAAAAGCCGGUGUGCGGUCAGUGGCCUUUUCAGGGGACAGUCAAACAUAUACCGCCGCGUCUAGUAACGGAGUCAUCAAGGUCUGGGAUCUGAAAACCAAUCAAGUCGAGAGUUUCAGAGGCCACGAAGAGGAGUUGGUGGUCACGACGAUGGCCAUCUCGCCAGAUGGUCGCACUUUUGCAUACGCCCUGAAGAACAAAGGGGUUCAUGUAUGGAGCAUGGACAAGGAAAUCUCUACGCGCACAAUCAUGGCUGAUAUCGACAAUAUAGUCUCGCUAAGCUUCACGACAGACGGUCGAUGGCUUGCUUCGUUCUCUCAAAACGAUAAUAUCAAGAUCUGGGACACUUUGACAGGAGACUGCAAACGAGAAAUUGACGAUAGGCCGGUUGGGGGGGUGGAAAUCUCGGGCGACGGACAAUUGAUCGCGUCAUGGAGUCCUCUCGUUUGCAUUUGGGAGACAAAAACUGGCCGGCUGGUUCAAGAAUUCGAAAACAGUGGCGACACAGGGGCCCUGUCUAUCAACUUCUCGAAUAAUGGAAAGCUUUUGGCUGUCUUGACCGGUCAAUACAUCUACAUAUACAACACAGCAACGGGCGACCUUACCUGGAAGACCUCACAUGAUAGGAGUUGCGGGCCUUCGUUCGCAUUCUCACCGAACAACGAAAGACUUGUGGCAGGGUGUUCUGAUGGCACCGUCAAGAUGUGGGAUCUCGCAAAAGGCAAUAAAAACAUGGCUAGUGGUGGUUUUGCGCAGAGUUUUUGCUACUCUGAUGAACAUCACUUCGCAGCCUACUACCCCGACUGUCAGGAGAUCGCAUUUUGGGGCAGAUCGACCGGACAUGAUGUGGAGGUACAGAAAUUCCAUGCGGACAAUGUAGAUAUUAUUGCCAUGUCCAAGGAUCAUCAGAAACUUGCGUCAAUUUCUUCCAGCGGUCAGGUUACUGUGUGGGAGACGAAAACCGGUGCCCAUACACAGCUAUUUGGCGCAAACUCAGCGAAUGCCAAAGGAGAUGACAUAAGUGACGACAUAGAUGACGAAACUGGCGGCCGUUUGGAAAAGAUCACGUCCUUGGCCUUUCGAAACAGCUUUCAGCUUGCCUGUGGCGGCUAUAAGACGAUCAGAAUUUUGAACACAUCUGAUGUGGUUGUCGAGGUUGCUGCCCAGGAAAUGUGGACGAUGCAGUCCAUGGUGGCGGAGAAGAAGGAGGAGGAGGAAGAAGACUGCGAAAGACGGCCAAAGGUGGGAACUUUGAGAGUCAACGGGAGCCGGGAAGUGCUGGAUGCGGCGCACGCUAGACGAUGA